GUCGAAGACGAUCGGGAAAAGGAUCACACGAUCGUCCCGUGUUACAAAUCCCAAAUCAAUCCCAACUCCUUCCCGGCUUGGCUUGGCUUUGCUUCGCUUCCGCAUGCCUCCUCCUCGUCGCCAUCUUCCCAAACCCUAGCCCGCGCCGCCCUUUCCCCCGAAACCCUAGAUCUCCCUAUGGCCUCCGCCGCUGCGGCGGCCCCAGUCGUGGGCCAGGUCGUGGAGCGGUUCCGCGCGCGGCUGCGGGAGGAGGCGGGAGAGGAGCCGGGGGCGGCCGCGGUGGUGGGCGUCUACAAGGAGGCCCUCGCCGAGCUCACCUUCAACUGCAAGCCCAUCAUCACCGAGCUUACCAUCAUCGCGGGCCAGCACGCCGCGCUCGCCGCCAGGGGCAUCGCCGACGCCAUCUGCGCCCGCAUCCUUGAGGUGCCAGUCGAGCAGAAAUUGCCAUCUUUGUAUCUGCUAGAUAGUAUCGUGAAGAACAUAGGACAAGAAUAUGUAGAGGACUUUGCCACUCGAUUGCAGAAGGUAUUUUGUUUUGCAUACAGGGAAGUUCAUCCCAAACAGCAUCCUGCAAUGCGACACCUCUUCCGUACCUGGUCGCAAGUGUUCCCUUCUUCUGUCCUUCAAGGGAUCGAGGAUGAGCUUCAGUUUUCUCCUUCAGAGAAUAAGCGUCCUGCCACAACGACUAUUCCGCGACAGUCAGAGUCGUUAUCUCCUAGGCCAUCUCAUGGCAUCCAUGUAAAUCCAAAGUAUCUAGAAGCGCAACACCAACUCAAGAACGGUACCAAGGUGGAUCAGCUAGCAACUCGAGGCAGGCAAAUGCUUGACGUGGCGGAGGAUCAUAUUAAUGGGUUAACAACAAAUAGUUUGCGGGGAUUUCCUUCCACUUCUUCAAAGCUCCAGAGAUCUAUGAUACUGUAUACUGAAAAUCCUGAUCAACAAGAAACAUUUCAAUCACGUAUUGGAUUGAUAAGAAGAGAUAUGUCCAGAUCACCACCUCCUGAUGUGCUCCCUAGGAAUGCAUCCCCAAAAAGACCACUAGAGAUGCCGCGGCUGUCUCAUUCUGCAUUGGGGCAUGAUCCUAGAAGAUUGCCUGGUAGGAAUGGUUGGUUUGAACGGCAACGUGCUUUUGAGGAUAGUGCACAACGGCCUUCGAUGAGCACGCUUGAUGAAGAAUAUAGGAAACAAAGUGCAAGAGAACUUAUUGAUGCCUACGGAAAUUCUCAAGGCAAUGGUGCUGAUGAUAGGCUUCCCAAGAUGCAACGGCUAGAAUCAAAUGGCAUGGCAAGUAGAUCCAGUGCACAAAAAUGGCUCACUUCAGAGGAAGAGGAGUAUACUUGGGAGGAUAUGCGUCCAACUUUGUCCCGAAAUAGAAACAACAUUCCGUCUUUACCUUCCUCUGAAACCUUGGGAGCUGGAUUUCCUGGGCCAAACACUGGGCAGCUGGAUUCUGAUAUUGGGAUGCGCAGCUGGCGAAGCCAGGCUCCUCGACCAGCACUAAAUCUCGAAGACAGGACUGAUCAUGUUGACAUAGCCACUAGUAGGAGAUAUCCAGGCAAUUUUGGUCUGCACAAUGGAGCUAUUUCAGAGUACCAUAGUUCUGUGAAUACCCUUGAUCCUGGAAGAAUUCUUGCUAUGUCAGCUCCACCGUGGCAGCAGACUAAUGGCCUGCCUUUGCGAAUACAAGCACCUCAACCUUCAUCAACACUGAAUAGGUUGGCACUGCCCACUGAUGUUGAAAUGCCUGUCAAGAUGUUGGCCACUGGUGGUCCAUAUGAUGCUAUGCAUGUAGACUUACCCUUGACUAAUAGGUCCUCGCCUGCUCCUGCUCCCAUAGAAUGGCCUCUUCAUCAUAGUCAACCACCACAUAAUACAAAAGAUAUUAGAGGUGCAACAGAUAGUCUUGAAGUUAGGCCAUUUAUCAGGCAUGGAGUCAAUUCAUCUGUAUUUGUUCCUCGGCAUCUAUAUGAUGCAUUGGAUCGGAAAACUGUAAGUACCGGUAACUUAGCUCAACCACCAUACCAGCACCCAGAUUUGUUGUCAUCGAGUCAACAGAAUCAAGGUACAAAUUUUGGAAAUCAAUCUCAGCCUCAUGAUGUGCCACAGUUUCAUCCUCAUUCCCAUUCCCAUCCUCCGGAGGCAUUUAGAAGCUUUGCCCCCAGCAUGCCUAUAGCUCCCCCCCAAAAUCCAUUCCAAGGACAAGGAGGUAGUGCAGCAGUACCACCAGUUACACCUCUACCAAACACCUUUUCUGUAACACCUACUGUGCAACCCUAUGGUGUGUCGUCAGUGUCUAGUUUUGCUCUGCCACCAUUACAUCGUGGCCUACCUCCUGCUUCGUUGCAGAUGGGUCCAUCUUCAUCACAAGUUGGUGGGCCUACAACAUAUUUCUCUGGAAUUUUAAGUAACCUUAUGAAUCACGGUGUAAUUACACUGGAGCCUUCUAGUCAACCUCAGGACUCUGUUGGAGUUGACUUCAAUGUAGACCUCAAGGUGCGCAACGAGUCUGUCAUUAAUGCUCUGUAUCAGGAUCUCCACAGGCAAUGCAAAACGUGUGGCCUUCGUUUUAAAUGCCAGGAAGAGCACCGUGCUCAUAUGGAUUGGCAUGUUACGAAAAACAGAAAUUCCAAAAAUCGCAAGCAAUCUUCACGUAAAUAUUUUGUCACCGUGGGGGAAUGGUUAAGAGCAGCAGAAACAGUAGGAAAUGAUGGUGUUCCUUCUUUCGAGCUCACGGAACCAAUCCCUGACAGAAAUGAAGAGAAAGAAAUGGCUGUUCCUGCCGAUGAAAACCAAACAACAUGUGCUUUAUGUCAAGAGCCAUUUGAGGAUUUCUACAGCGAUGAAACUGAAGAGUGGAUGUACAAAGGUGCAGUUUACAUGAAUGCACCUGAUGGUAAUAUUGUUGGUCUCCAAAGGUCGCAUUUGGGGCCUAUUGUCCAUUCCAAAUGUCGAUCUGGCCCCAGUAAUAUUUCUUAGGUGGGCCUAGCUGGAACCCUUGCCCCAUUAUUUCAGUUUCUUUGGUUGCGGCUAGACAAGACAUGUAAAAUUACUGGAGAGAUCAGAUUUUGGUAUGCUUAGUUUCCCCCCUCUCCUGGCAACAGUUUGAAUAGAAUGUUAAUGUGACAAUAGUAGUGUAAAAUUGUAAAAUACUUGUGUUUUAGUGAUGGAGCAUGAGUAACUUGCUCUGCAGUCGCCACAGUUGUCGCCUGCUGCUUUUACAUUAAUAGAUAUGGAAUCCUCUUGAUCUAGGAUGACAUGCAUACCCUUCAUGAACAGGCGAAACAAACAUGCUCCUACCCUUUUCUUGUCCCCUUCCUCUUUGCAAUCUCAUAUGCAGGACAAUGUCAGCCCAUGAGUGCUGGUAACUUCCGAGAAAACCCAGGACGAAAGAAUCAAGGCAUCCGUCAACAGCUCUCCUAUACUAAUAGAUGAGCAAGAUGUUGCUGUUAUUUCUUUGGUUUGUCUUUCUUUGCACGUCUCUGCAUUGUAACAGUGUGUGACAAUAAAUUCUUGGUCGCUUGUAUAACUCCACCCUCCUGGAUUGUCUGCUGUUAAAGAAAAAACCUGUUUGUGCAAUA